AUGUCAGAACUCCGCCAGCGACCAACAACCACGUCAAAGUCCAGCAAUGGGCCCGACAAAGAGUCAAAUCCCAGAGAGCACUCCAGCGACGAUGAAACCGACCAAGACCACGGCAUAAGCCUGCUGGACAUAAUCCGCGUGGUUGCUACCAUACUUAUAGCUUGCGGCGGUCUCUCCUAUUAUAUGACUUCCUCCGAGUCCGUUCUGUGGGGGUACAGACCAUGGUAUACACGGUGGCCUGUGGUGAAGCAGUGGGUGGUAUGCAAAUCCGGCGCUCGAGUCUACAAAGAGCAAAGUCACGUCACAAUCCAAGCUAACACGUACAUUUCAAAAAUAAAGCAAGGCCCUGUUACCCUGACACCAAGCCAACUAUCCCUCUACAAUGGCACAGACACCAACCUUCCCCUCUACGUCGCGGUGAACGGGACAAUCUUCGAUGUGUCGGCAAACCGUAUGAUCUACGGACCGGGCGGGAGCUACAACUUCUUCGCGGGACGGGACGCAACGCGCGCUUUUGUCACAGGCUGCUUUAAGGAGGAUCUUACGAACGACUUGCGCGGUGUCGAGAUUAUGUUCCUGCCCGUUGAGGAUGUCGAGGAUGACAGGGUGACAUCUGCUCAGAAGAAAAUCCGUCGCGAGAGGGAGCUACGGGCUGCUAGAGCGCGGGUUCAGGAGACUGUGAAGAGGUGGACUGGAUUCUUUGGGAAUCAUGCAAAAUAUUUUGAGGCUGGGAGGGUGGUUGAGGAUGGGGGUGUGCAUGGAGAGCCGCGGCCGCUUUGUGAAAGCGCGCAGAAGCAGCGACCAAAGAGGAGUGCGAUGACGGGAAAGUCGUAG